GCAUCCUGAUCCUGCAGCCAUGUCCUACAAGGCACUCACCGUCUGCCUGCUGGGGCUCCUGGCUCUCUCCUCAGCUUGUUACAUCCAGAACUGCCCCAUCGGGGGCAAGCGUGCCGUGCCAGACAUGGACAUCAGGAAGUGCCUGCCUUGUGGCCCCAGGAACAAAGGCCACUGCUUUGGCCCCAACAUCUGCUGUGGGGAGGAGCUGGGCUGCUACCUGGGCACCUCUGAAACCCUGCGGUGCCAGGAGGAGAACUUCCUGCCAACACCCUGUGAGUCUGGGAGGAAAGCCUGCGGCGAGGAUGGGGCGAGCUGUGCAGCACCAGGAAUCUGCUGCAGCAGUGGUGAGCAACGUGGGCAGACCAGGGGGGGCCUCACAUCCACCCCAAGGCUAUGAUACAGAACAGGGAGGGAGGGGGAUGUUACUGAGGAGGAACAUGUUGCUACUGCAGGGCACCAAGCUAAUGCCAAGUUGUUUGAUCUUAUUAAAAACAGCACAGGGAGGGGGAUCUGAGGGCUGCUUUGUGCUGAUUUCUUCUCUCCCUGAGCAGAGGGCUGCGUGCUUGACUCAUCUUGCAACCAAGAAAUGCUGUUUGCAUAGAGGGAAAAACCAGCAGGAUCUGCUGUCCCAUGGGCUGCACCAGCGCAGCACCCAGCACCAUGACUCAGACUGAAGUGAUGUUCUUAAUUAGAAAUAAAACUUGGAGAGAAUUUAAAAAAAAAAAGUGUGUUUUUCUCCAUCCUUGCCUGGUUUAGCUAUAGGAUCCUACUGAGACCUGUAAAGCAGUGCUGUUCAGAAGUCCUCUGCGGUUUUCUUCUUUUGUUGUGUUAAAAACCAUCCUAGAAUGGCUUAAGUUGGAGGAGACCUUAAAGUCCAUCUAGUUCUACUGGGUGGGCAGGUUGCACUCACAAGCUCAGGUUGCUCAGGACCACAUCCAAACCAGCUCUGAGCACCUCCACUGAUGGGGCACCCACAGCUCUGUGGGCAGCAUUAUAGGGCCUCACCACCCU